AUGAAGGUGUUUGUCAACAUUCCGAAAAACAAUGAAAUUUACUGGGCAUACAAGCGGCCACAAGUGACCAUUAAAAUUCAGUCGAAUGGUAAUGGUGUUAAAACAGUGCUCACAAACAUGUCAGAGAUUGCCUCCGCAUUGAACAUUCCCGAUCAAGUGGUGAUGAAAUAUUUAGGAAUGAAAAUUGGUGCGUGUGGUGGCAUCAAUAAAAAUCAAUCCUUUCUGACAGGAAGAUACACGGUAGAAAUAAUCGAAGAUGUUUUGGAACAAUUGAUUGCAGAGUUUCUCCUAUGUUCAAGGUGUGGAAUUGCAGAAAUUAACUUUUACAAACAACUAGUUCAUCCUUCACUUCCUGUUAGAGAACCAAUUUUGAGACAAUGUUUAGCAUGUGGGCACUAUAAUUCAUAUAUUUCACAUGACUCGAAAAUGUUUUCAAUCUUGGUGAAAUGUGAUAACAAUCACCAAUGGAUGAAAGUUAAAGUAUCACCAAAAGCAAGAUCUUUGAAGUACAUGUUUGACAAUUUAAAAGACGCAAUUCUGCCAUCUGAAGACAGUUGUUGCGGAGAUGGUGUUAAAUGCAUUCCUUCGUUGAGUGAUAUUUCUAUAGUACUGAAUUAG